AUGCUUAAAUUUCAUGAUCUGGGUCAUAUGUUCAUCAAUCAAGAAGGCAAAUUACAGUCUAGAAAAGUUGAUCAACAAAUACAGCGUGAAAUGCUUUCAGAAGCUAUUAUUAAGCAUAAUUUGUCAUAUUCUUUUGUUGAAUAUGAUGGAAUUAGGAAUUGGAUAAAUUAUAUAAGUCCAGAUGUUGUGAUGCCUUGUAGAAACACAGAAGUUGCAGAUAUAAGAAAAAUGCAUAUUAGAGAGAAGGAGAAAUUGAAACAAGAAUUGGCUAAAAUUUCUAACAGAGUAUGUUUGACUUCUGAUUGUUGGACAUCAUCUACUUCUGAGGGUUACAUUUGUUUAACGGCUCAAUUUGUUGAUGAAAGUUGGAGGUUGAAUUGUAAAAUUCUAAACUUUUGUCGUAUGUAUCCUCCUCACACUGGAGUUGAAAUGGCUGCUGUUAUAUACGACUGCUUGAAAGAAUGGAAUAUAGAUAAGAAGGUAUUUUCUAUUACUUUGGAUAAUGUCACUGCCAAUGAUAGGUUAAAAGCAGCUACUAAUUCCUUGAUUGCAAUUAGGGAAAGUGUUAAGCAUGUUAGAGGAUCAGAUGGGAGAAUGCAAAAGUUUGAACAAUGUGUUAAGCAAGUUGGAAUUGAAACUAAUCUUGGUUUACGUUUAGAUGUAGUUACUAGAUGGAACUCCACAUAUUUGAUGCUUGAACGUGCUCUCCCAUAUGAAAAGAUCUCACUUGUGAAGAAUAAAUUGUAUGAGCUUUUCGAUGAUUAUACAGAAAAGCAAAAUGUUGCUAGAGAUUCUACAACUAUUCGGACUACACCAAGUGUUGCUAGGAGGAAAUCCAAAGUAUUUAAUGAAUUUAAAGCAUUUGAGAAUGAAACUGUCUCUAGCGAUGGAAAGUCAAAAUUAGAUCUUUACUUAGAAGAACCAAAGCUUGAGUAUGAAAAGUUUCAAGAUAUGGAUGUUUUCAUGUAUUGGAAGGAUUGCUCUAACAGAUAUCCAGAACUUUCAGUAAUGGCCCGUGAUGUACUUAGUAUUCCUAUUACCACUGUAUCAUCAGAAUCGUCAUUCAGUAUUGGUGGACAUGAAAAUGAAGAUGUUAAGACAACCUUCCCACAAGUUGAUUCAGAUAUGCUUGAUGAAGAUGAUCAUGAAGUGUUAGAUACGCCAUAUGUUUCAUGA